AUGGAGCCUCGCCCUCGGAACCUCACUCUCGGAGCCUCACCCUCGGAGCCUCACCCUUGGAGUCUCACUCUCGGAGCUUCACCCUUGGAGCCUCACCCUUGGAGCCUCACCCUCGGAUACUCACCCUCGGAGCCUCACCCUCGGAGCUUCUCCCUCGGAGCCUCACCCUCUGAGCCUCACCCUCGGAGCCUCACCCUCGGAACCUCACCCUCGGAGCCUCACCCUCGGUGCCUCACCCUCGUAACCUCACUCUGGGAGCCUCACCCUCGGAGCCCUACUAUCGGAGCCUCACCCUUGGAGCUUCACCCUCGGAGCCUCACCCUCGGAGCCUCACCCUCGGAGACUCACCCUCGGAGCCUCACUCUCGGAGCUUCACCCUUGGGGCCUCACCCUCGGAGCCUCACCCUCGGAGCCUCACUCUCGGAUACUCACCCUCGGAGCCUCACCCUCGGAGCUUCUCCCUCGGAGCCUCACUCUCGGAUACUCACCCUCGGAGCCUCACCCUCGGAACUUCUCCCUCGGAGCCUCACCCUCUGA